AUGGGUAAAGGAAAUCAACAUGCCCCAGUGGAUAGCGCAAGAGCUGCAAACCAAAUGCUAUUGCAAGAUUGCUUUCAGGGAUUUGCGGAUGCCUCCGAAAAGGCAUUUGGGGCAGUGAUAUAUCUUCAAAGCAUUACAAGGCCUGGUGAAUAUUGUAGCACCAAUUUCUUUGUAGCACCAAUCAAGACUAUGACUAUUCCUAGAUUAGAACUACUCCUGUCCAAACUUAUGCAAAAGGUUUUAGAAGCUUUGAAACUCAAAAUUGAUGACGUUAAGCUCUGGUCAGAUUCAAGCAUUGCUUUAGCCUGGAUCAAUACAUCACCGCAUCUUUUGAAAAACCUUU